AUGGCGUAUGACAUGGGCAUCCUUCUAAUCCCUGUAUGUGUGUUUGCUGUGGGACUCUUCGCAAACUAUGCUUCCGACACAGAACACAAAUUAGGAGCCAGUUAUUCAAGUAUUGCUCUGCUGCUGGACUUAAAGUACGGGCUGUUCCCAGGGGGAAGCACGUUACGGAGAAUCCUGCUGCAUCGGUACUUCAAAGGUGACCACAGCGUUGGCGCAAAUGGACCCCUGUCAGGAGCCUAUGCAAAGACUGCACAAGCAGGAGGAGGCUUCUCUGGACAGGACUCGGAUAAGACGGGGACUUCAGUGUCCGACAUCCAGUGUUUGCUGGAUAAAGAAGGGGCGUCCGAGCUUGUCAUCGACGUCAUAGUGAACACCAAGAACGACAGGAUUUUCUCCGAAGGCAUCUUGCUUGGCAUUGCCUUGCUGGAAGGAGGAAACACACAAACCCAGUAUUCUUUCUACCAGCAGUUGCAUGAACAAAAAAAGUCAGAAAAAUUCUUCAAAGUCCUUUAUGAUCGGAUGAAGGCUGCUCAGAAAGAGAUCAGAUCCACAGUGACUGUCAACACCAUAGACUUAGGGACCAAGAAGAGAGACGAUGACAAUGACCUCAUGGCCUUGGGCGCGAGGAUGAGAGUGCGAGAUUCGUCACUACAUUUGAAAGAGGGGAUGAAAGGGCAAUUAACAGAGGCGUCUUCAGCUACGUCCAAGGCCUACUGUGUGUACAGAAGAGAAAUGGACCCGGAGGUGGACAUGAUGUGCCCGGGACAGGAAGCAGGAAGUGCGGAGGAAAAGUCUGCAGAGGAAGUUACCAUGAGCCCCGCCAUCACCAUCAUGAGGCCCAUCCUCCGGUUUCUGCAGUUACUGUGUGAGAACCACAACAGGGAGCUUCAGAACUUCUUGAGGAAUCAGAGCAACAAAACGAACUACAACCUUGUCUGUGAGACACUCCAGUUUCUGGACUGCAUCUGCGGAAGCACCACGGGCGGCCUCGGGCUGCUGGGCCUCUACAUCAAUGAAAAGAACGUAGCUCUGGUCAACCAGACUCUGGAGAGCUUGACCGAGUACUGCCAGGGCCCGUGCCAUGAAAACCAGACCUGCAUCGCCACCCACGAGUCGAACGGGAUUGACAUCAUCAUCGCCUUGAUUCUGAAUGACAUCAACCCUCUGGGCAGGUACCGGAUGGACUUGGUGCUGCAGCUGAAGGACAAUGCCUCCAAGCUUUUGCUGGCCAUCAUGGAGAGCAGACAUGACAGCGAAAACGCAGAAAGAAUCCUCUUCAACAUGAGGCCCAGGGAACUGGUGGACGUGAUGAAGAACGCCUAUAACCAAGGCCUGGAAUGUGACCAUGGGGACGAGGAGGGAGGGGACGACGGCGUCUCUCCGAAGGAUGUUGGACACAACAUCUACAUUCUGGCCCAUCAGUUGGCCCGCCACAACAAACUACUGCAGCAGAUGCUCAAGCCUGGGUCUGACCCCGAGGAAGGGGACGAAGCCUUGAAGUAUUACGCCAACCACACAGCGCAGAUCGAGAUUGUGCGGCAUGACAGGACUAUGGAGCAGAUUGUAUUCCCCGUCCCCAACAUCUGCGAGUUCCUCACUCGGGAGUCCAAGUACCGAGUGUUCAACACAACGGAGAGGGACGAGCAAGGAAGCAAGGUGAAUGACUUCUUCCAGCAAACGGAAGACCUCUACAACGAGAUGAAAUGGCAGAAGAAGAUCAGAAACAACCCCGCCCUGUUCUGGGUCUCCAGGCACAUCUCCCUCUGGGGGAGCAUCUCCUUCAACCUGGCUGUGUUCAUCAACCUGGCUGUGGCUCUCUUCUACCCGUUUGGGGAUGACGGCGAUGAAGGUACACUGUCCCCGCUCUUCUCCAUCCUUCUUUGGAUCGCAGUGGCCAUCUGCACGUCUGUGCUGUUCUUCUUCUCCAAGCCUGUGGGCAUCCGGCCAUUUCUUGUGUCUGUCAUGCUCAGAUCAAUAUACACCAUUGGCCUGGGGCCGACGCUGAUACUUCUCGGUGCUGCCAACCUCUGUAAUAAGAUCGUGUUCCUGGUGAGUUUUGUGGGAAACCGAGGCACGUUCACCAGAGGUUACCAAGCGGUCAUUCUGGACAUGGCCUUCCUCUACCAUGUGGCGUACGUCCUGGUCUGCAUGCUGGGCCUCUUUGUCCAUGAGUUCUUCUACAGCUUUCUGCUUUUUGAUUUGGUGUACAGAGAGGAGACCCUGCUGAACGUCAUCAAAAGCGUCACCCGGAAUGGCCGCUCCAUCAUCCUGACUGCGGUCCUCGCCCUCAUCCUGGUCUACCUGUUCUCCAUCAUCGGCUUCCUUUUCCUAAAGGAUGACUUCACCAUGGAAGUUGACAGGCUGAAGAACAGAACUCCAGCCACAGGUAAUCACGGUGUGCCCACCAUGACCUUACCUUCCAUGAUGGGAACCUGCCAGAAGGAAAACUGCUCACCCACAAUCCCCUCUUCAGACACAGUUGAUGAAGGGAGUGAAGAUGGCAUUGAAAGGACAUGUGACACCCUGCUCAUGUGCAUUGUCACGGUGCUGAACCAGGGCCUCAGGAACGGCGGCGGAGUCGGGGACGUGCUGAGACGACCAUCGAAAGAUGAGCCCUUGUUCGCUGCCCGGGUGGUGUACGACCUGCUUUUCUUCUUCAUCGUCAUUAUUAUUGUUCUUAACCUGAUCUUCGGUGUGAUCAUCGACACCUUUGCUGACCUCAGAAGCGAGAAGCAGAAGAAAGAAGAAAUUCUCAAGACAACCUGUUUCAUCUGCGGCCUGGAGAGGGACAAGUUUGACAACAAGACGGUCUCCUUCGAGGAGCACAUCAAGUCGGAGCACAACAUGUGGCACUACCUGUACUUCAUCGUCCUGGUGAAGGUGAAGGACCCGACGGAGUACACAGGGCCCGAGAGCUACGUGGCCCAGAUGAUCAUGGAGAGGAAUUUGGACUGGUUUCCUCGGAUGCGAGCCAUGUCACUCGUCAGCAACGAAGGCGACACCGAGCAAAACGAGAUCCGGAACUUGCAGGAGAAGCUGGAGUCCACCAUGAGCCUGGUGAAGCAGCUCUCGGGGCAGCUGGCCGAGCUGAAGGAGCAGAUGACAGAACAAAGAAAGAACAAGCAGAGGCUCGGCUUCCUCGGAUCAAACACACCCCAUGUGAACCAUCACAUGCCACCGCACUGACACCAUGGGGGCACGCCGUGACCAGCCUUUCAUCAGAUGCCUGCCUCAUCGGAUGGAGAGAGAGGGAGGGAGGGAACAGUGGCUAUUGUUGGAAAGCUAAAAAACAACUAAGUGCCAAGACGCUGAGCCGUUUAGCUCCCAGAACAAUCCAUAACUGUGUUUUCAUGCCUGAGAAGACUCGAGCUAAAACAAAACAAAACAACAGCAUAGGGCACAAGACUCUCCGUGCAGCAGGAAGUAACCAGCCUGACCCGGGGAGGGGC